GCCUGCCCUAAUACCCAAACUGCCCUUUUCCCCAUCGCCUUACGCCAAGGGUAGGGGGUGUGCAUAGGCAGAAAUAAAACUCUGCUUAAAACUUUCUUAAGUGAAAGUUCAUACAUUCACUUUUUGUGUCUUUUAACUUUUUUUCCCCACUCGCUUGUUUUAAGCGCCUGUGGCCUUUUAACGACAGCUGAUUUUUCAUCAAAUUUAAGACAACGCAACUUGAUUCAGGGUAAGUUUGCCGAAGCUUCUUCUCUAUUUCAUGUUUACUGUCCGUGUGUGGAAACCUAAACUUUACUUUAGGAUUUAAAAUAUCCAGAAGUAAACGUAUUAUCUGUGGCUUAAAGGAACUAAACAAACACUUGAUAUCCAUGAAACUGAUGUAGGUUGAUGUUAGCAUUAGCGGCUACAGCUAGCGGUUGCGUCGUUUACGUCAGAUUAAUUUGUCAUUUUCCAAACACCUUUCCUUCACACAAGUUCACAGUUUUACCACGAAGGUUUUUGUCUCUAGUUUUAUCCUCUUUUACAUUGACUGUGUCUUAUAAGUUUGUGACUGUCACUCAGAGUUUGAGUGAGCUCUGGUGGUGUGUGUAUGGUAGGGACAUGUCCAGACAUAUCGCAGGUCCUGCCCUGGGCCUGUUCCCAUGGUCUGUAACACCGUAUAAAAAGGCUUUAAACAUGUGAUAGAAGGACCUUUUAAUAAAAGAGGUGUUUUGUGGCCCUUUUAAGUGGAAACACUCCAACAAAAUGUGCCCCUCUUAUGUGCCCCUUGGAGUCCAGUUGAAUCCAGCUCCAGGACAGGUGGUUGGGGAGAGUUGGUCACUUGAUAGUCUACAGAUUUGGAAGCAGUCCUGUGUUCCAGCCACAGCUGAGCACUACAGUUCCCCAAUACAGAACAACGGAUCUGAUUCAAUUGUAUUUCCAUUAAAUUUCCAACUAACUCUGGAGAUCAUGAUUUUUAGUGGUCAACCAUUACAGUUUUUCAAUAGCCACUGUUAAUAUUGAAUGCUGAUAAAGUUGUUUUAUCUUUAACCUUUUAUUCUUGCACUUGAUAAAAUAACACAUUAAUAAUUCUGAGAAAUGGCGAACAAAGCUGCUACACUUGAGUAUUUUAUCAAGUAAAGCACAGGUGUCAAACUCAAGGCCUGGGGGCCAAAUUUGGCCCGUGGAACAAUUAUAAUUGGCCCACAAGAUCAUAUCAUAUUUGUAUUUUUAUUGGUCCACCAGUAUGAAGUCUGCAGAUUUCCUCCAGUAUAAUAAUGUAAACUUUUGCACCAUUAUUUAAAAUGUCAUUAAUAAACAACGAAAAUCUGUGAAAUUAAAGAGUAAGGAAGAUUUGAUAAAUAGUCAAGAAUGUGGGGAAAAAAUAUUUGGUGUUUGAUUUCAUGUUUUGCAGUUCAAGACUAUAAGUCAAACAUGACUGUUUUUUUAUAUCAUGCUUUGAUUUUGUUCAUAUCAGUAUAUAGACUUGUGACACUUAUACUUUGUGAUAUUUUGACCUUUUAAACCCAAUUUUAACGUUCCCCUCAUGUAUUUGCUCUUUUAAAAGCAUUAUUUUUCUGUUUUUAAUAUCAUGCUCUGAUCUUUUGAACUAAUAAAUAAAAAUAGAAUAAAAAAUGUAAACAAAUAUUUUUUUUCUAUCUCAGAUUGCUUUUAAACUUAUCUUUUUAUCUUUUUUGAAUUUCCAAAUGAUUUAUAAUCAUUGCUGUUUUUGGUACAUAUUUUUUGAAAAGGAGGCUGACAGAUUUGGUGAAAUGUUGACCCUGUUUUGCCCUCAGGUUAGACCUAAAUCCAGAUUAUGGCCCUUGCUGUGGUUGAGUUUGACACCCCUGAAGUAAAGGUUGUUUGAAAAAUAUUUGCCUCAGUAAAGUAUUGUCACAGGGACUUUUGGAUUUCUGUGUGGCUUUCUUAAGACAGAAAAAUAAUGUCAUUUAAAUAUUGUGGUUUAACAACGAUCAAAGAAACUCAUUUAUGGAAUUACAUGCAAAUUAAAAUCUGAUAUAGAUGGUUAUCUUAGCUGAUGACAUGUUUUAGGUGGAUUUUUUAUUGAGUUAUUGGAAAAAAACAAAGCUAUAUGUUUCAUGCUAUAGGUUUCAGAACAUGGCUGACUUUUAUGGAAAUUGUUAAACAGGUUAUUUUAUAUAAAUCAGCAUAAUUUUUAAAUUGCUUGCCAGUGACAGUCUUGCAUUUGAUAUGCUGUCAGAAGUAGAGAGGCACCGGUCCAUUUUUUUCCAAUCCAAUCAGAUACCGAUACCUGGGCUAAACAGCUAAUCGGCCGAUAUUCAAUACGAUCCAAUACUACUGUUGAAUGAAUAAACCUCAUACCUUGCUCUGUGAGUGAAAGGAUCAGGCUUGACAUUAGCCUUGUUGAAAGAAAAGGUAACCAAUCAACACAGAUAUAAAUUUACUUAAUAUUAUUUAUUAACAAAUGACAAAUUGCACAUUCGCACACAGCAAAAAGAAGUAAGACUUCCAUGUAAACGUUAAGUGCAAAAGGAUAGACGGACAUAGUGUGACAGAGCUGCAGACAGAGUGAACAGAAUCGCUGUGUAGCUGUGUAUGAUAUUAAUUCAAAGAAAAAAAAGACUAGAUCAGAACGCUGGAUCGGCAUCAUUCAUCAGAUAUCUGAUCCAGUUAAUUUGUCAAUAUCGGAGCCGAUAUCCGAUCCAAAUAUCAGAUUGGUGCAUCCCUAGUCAGAAGAAACGAUAAUGGUGAUAUCAACUUUGUGAGGGCUUAUGAUGCUGAGUCCAAGUGCCGUUAAUCAGCUUGGUUAUUUAGCCAACUGAUUAAUCUGUCUAUCCAUUAACAAAAUAUAGGAAACAGAGUUUAAGAUGAUACUCAGAUACACUACCACUACCUGCUAUUGAAUAACAAAUAUAAAAUACUGUAAUCACCUCUGAUCAUGUCAACAAAAACUAAAAAUGUAGAUUUGUGUGAGUGGAGUUAGUGAUAGAGCUGCUUUAGAUCGCCCAGAUUUUCAUGAUGUUAUGGAAGGGUGAUGUGUUUAUCAAUUCAAAACUUUAAUCAGUUCAGAUUUACAAAGCUAGUCAGACCAAGAUGAUAGUGGAAAAGUAUUGCACCCAACUUGUGAAAAAAAAAAUGUUACUUUUAUGUCUACUGGUUUUGUUCAUCCCUUUUUCCUUCUCCCACAGAUGAUCGACACAGUAACAGAGCCCAGUGCACAAACCUUUGCAGUUCAACUGAAGGCCCUGACAGACCUGGAGGGCAGAUACCAACCUAAGCUGAGUGGCUUGAGGUUUAUCGAGGGUUCCCAGGACAAUGGCCUCAGGAUGACCACCAGACUGAGGGAGUUGGAGGUGAAGGACCUGCUUUCUCUGACACGGUUCUUUGGUUUCAGCUCUGAGACCUUCUCACUAGCCAUCAGCUUGCUGGAUAGAUUCCUCUCCGUGAUGAAGGUUUGUAAAUGCCUAAAAACAUGUCAGCUGUGGAUAACUAUAAAUAGUUACAUUUGUUUUCUAUUUCUGUUUUCUAUUUCAUCUGUUUUCUUUUAUCAACAGAUUCAACCAAAACACCUCUCCUGUGUGGGCCUGUGCUGCUUCUACAUUGCCAUCAAGUCCACAGAAGAGGAGAAGAACGUGCCUCUGGCUAACGACUUGAUCCGCAUCAGUCAGAAUCGCUUCACGGUGUCUGACAUGAUGAGGAUGGAAAAGAUCAUAAUGGAGAAGCUGUACUGGAAGGUGAAGGCCCCAACAGCCCUUCGCUUCCUCCGCCUCUUUCACAGCCACAUCCAGGAGCAGCUCGAUGUUGAGAGGUAAGGACAGACGACCAAAUGCACCUGCAGGGCUGAACCAUUACUCAACAAGAUUAUAUUAACUCUCCUAGAAUGUGGUCUAUGUUUGGCUAUGAAGAAAACAAGAGCCAAAAAUAUUUAAUUUAAACCCAACAGGAAUAUUUUAGGGGACAAUUUAAAUCAUGUUGAAUUUUAAACAUGACAUGUUUUCAGUUUUUUGUUGCAGAUUGAUGUGGAAUUUAGAGAGCUCUGUAUGUAGCUCACAUCUUGACACUAAAAGCAUUUACACUUUACAGCAAGAAGAUCCUGAGCCUUGAGAGACUGGAAGCUCAGCUGAAAGCUUGUCACUGCUCAUUUGUCUUCUCCAAGUUAAAGGUAGGCCUAAAAACUGUCCUGUCAUACUUGUUCAAAAAGAUGGCAUACUUCCAGUUGCCUUUUCUGUUUGGGUUCAUAAUGAUAAAGUUCUCCACCCAUGUGAUUAAAAUUAAAACAGCUGUAAUGUUGAAUUGUAGUAGUUUGCUGUGAAAGUUUCCUCUGUGUUGAGCCUUGUAAAAAAGAAAAAGUUUCUUUGCUGCUUUUCUUGGAUCUGUUUACAGUGUUUGCUCUUUAUGUGAUUAAGAAUUUAAAUGUUGUUUCUCUGCAGCCAUCCCUGCUUGCUGUGGCUCUCCUGUGUUUUGAAGCUGAGGAGCAACAUGACCCUAUGCACAUGAGCAAAAUCCAAGAAGCCCUUAAAAAUUUGCAGCAACAACUGAAUGUAAGCAUAAAAUGUUUUGUUUUUUUUUACAGAGUGAAUGCUGCCAUUUCAACUGGAAAAGCUAAUGAGUAAUGUUUUUAAUUUUAGUAGUUGUCACACGGCUUGUUUUUUUACAGCUCAAAUAUUGCUCAGUGAUUUAUAAUUAUUGGUUAGUGUCAAAGAUAUGAUGCACACACACUGCAAACUGCAGUAAACCAUUUCUUCAUCCUCUGUGCAGGUCAGAGAUGGGGACCUGGUCUGUGUGCAAGAGCUGGUUGGAAAAUGUCUGGCUGAAUAUGCCACCUCCAAGUGCUCCAGGCCCAACACCCAGAGGCUCCGCUGGACUAUUUCUGGAAGAACAGCACGUCAGCUGAAGCACAGCUACUACAAGAUCACUCAUCUUCCUACCAUACCUGAGUCAGCGUGUUAAACCUGAGGCUACCGCCGGGCUGCUUUACAUGCAGAUAAAAAUUACAGCAGUCCCUAAACUCUUAAUUCUGAUUGGAUAUCUUUUAGUAGUUUUCUUGCAGUUUGGUCACCCUUGAAUUCUUCUAGUUAUUUUCCUUACAGAACUUCAUCUAUGAUGAUGGACUUCUUUGAGGAAAAACUCCUUUGUUCAGGUUUUUCUAAGUUUGCGUCAUACUCUAGGUACUCUGGCCGACAAAAAGUACUUUUUCAUCUGCAAGUUGUACCAACUACCAUCCUGCAAAGUUUUACUUCACUGAUUGAGUUGCUUGCGCAAGUGUACAGUAUGUUCUCGUUGAAAUCCGUACCAAGGCGUUUGGUUUUUCCUGGAACGGGUUGCAGGCUUUGAGCUAUUAAGUAUAGAACCACCUAGGUCCUCAGUCCACCAUGUGGAAGAGGAGGGAGAAGGAUUUUGUGAAUAGCAAAAAUGGAACCAAGUAAUCGGGCCCAAAAUCCUUAACUCCCACCCUAGGUUGCUAAGCUGUCCUGAUUGCACACUCCUACCCAAGGUGAUGAUUUUUUUUUUUUAAACUUCGAUAAGGUGAGGGAGCUCCACUUUUCUCUGGUGAAGUGAGGCUAGAGAUGAUUCCGUCUUGUACGAACAACCGGACUGUGUGAGGCUUUAAAGUCCUCUGCAGUUACAGAUGAGAUGUUUUCACAGAUUCUUGAUUUGUGUACACAGAGUGAAGCACCAUGUGUAUGAAUUGAUUUCUGUUGUCAAUUAUGCGAAGAACUCCAGGGAAAAUUGGUCAUUGCAGUGGAAACAUGGGUUAGAAUUUGUUUUGCAUUUUCUUGGCCAAUUUCCCUGUUUAGUCUAAGUUACUUUGAGGGACAAAAAUAAAAUGUGUUCUCAAAUUUAAAAAUGACAAAAUGAAUACACCAUCUGGUUAACCCAUGUACUUGUACCUUUCAAUAAAACUUUAUUGAAAAGCUA